UACAAGGCUGUCAGUUAACUUCCGUUGGUGGUGCGCCCUUGUAAAGCUUCCCCGCGCACACACAAGUUGGAGGGAGAACAGCAGCACCGACAAAACCAACCAGACUCUCCUAAAAGGUAAAUACUAGAUUCUCAGUUAAGGACAAACUGCUCCAUUUCACAGUUUUAUUGCUCCACUAACUGUACAUCCUGUUUCCAAAAUGCCUCGCAUUGAGAAUGACAUCAAGCUGGACUUCAAGGAUGUGCUCCUCCGUCCAAAGAGGAGCACACUCAAGUCAAGAAGCGAGGUAGACCUAUUGAGGACCUACACUUUCAGGAACUCCAAGGGCAGUUAUAGAGGGAUCCCCAUCAUUGCUGCAAACAUGGACACUGUGGGGACCUUUGAGAUGGCCCUGGCUUUGCACAAGUUCACUCUCUUCACCACGAUUCACAAACAUUACUCCGUGGAUGACUGGUGUGAGUUUGCAAAAAAGAAUCCCGACUGCCUGAAGAGUGUAGCAGUCAGCUCCGGGACCGGGGAAGGUGACUUUGACAGGAUUUCAGCCAUCUUGGCGGCGGUGCCACAGCUGCAGUACAUCUGUGUCGACGUGGCCAACGGCUACUCCGAGCACUUUGUUCACUUUGUCAAAGACGUCAGGGCCAAGUUCCCCUCUCACACUAUAAUGGCAGGAAACGUGGUGACAGGAGAGAUGGUAGAGGAGCUAAUCCUGGCUGGCGCAGACAUCAUCAAAGUAGGCAUCGGACCAGGCUCCGUGUGUACCACCCGCAAGAAGACCGGGGUGGGGUACCCCCAGCUCAGCGCUGUGAUCGAGUGUGCGGAUGCAGCUCACGGCUUGGGCGGCCACAUCAUCUCUGAUGGGGGAUGUACUUGCCCCGGAGACGUCUCAAAGGCUUUUGGCGCUGGAGCGGACUUUGUGAUGCUGGGCGGUAUGCUCGCUGGCCACUCAGAGAGCGGAGGGGAGGUCAUUGACAAAAAUGGCAAGAAAUACAAGCUGUUCUACGGAAUGAGCUCCGACACGGCGAUGAAGAAGCACGCAGGAGGCGUGGCGGAGUACAGAGCGUCUGAGGGGAAGACGGUCGAGGUUCUUUACAAAGGUCCGGUGGAGGUGACGAUACGAGACGUCCUGGGCGGGGUCCGCUCCACAUGCACCUACGUCGGGGCGGGCAAACUGAAGGAGCUGAGCCGCAGGACCACCUUCAUCAGGGUCACCCAGCAGCUCAACACCGUCUUCGGCAACGACAGCUGAACGUCCAGCUCGGUCCGGCUUCAGAUAGAAUGAUAAUUCUGCGACACUGCCUGAUGCUGUUUGUGCAUUGACCGCGUGUAAACACAAGUGAACAGACAUGAAUAUUAAUACUUAAAUACUGACCUUUUACUAUCCUUACUGGUUGUUUUUUGACAUAAGCUAAGGUUCAAUGCAUUUUUAAUAUAUUGGGUUUUAACUUUAUUGACAUGAACAGACUCUGAGUUGCUUUAAACUCUGAAUGUUACUUUUUCAUACAAUACACAAAGUGUUUCGGGGGGGUUCAUCAUUCCUGUCUUAUCAUUCUUCUUCCUUAGUUGUUCUUUUUUUUUUUACAUCUGCAAAUCUAUAAACAGUAUCUACAACAUGUCUUGAUGCCUUGUGCAGAGAUCCUACUGUAAGCCUUUGUUACACACACAUAUACAAUUAUAGCAAAUGUCUUCAAUUAUUUAGAAAGUACUAAAAAUGUAACUGUUUUUAGAAAUUCAAUCAUUCCAUCACUCUUGAAGUUUUGCACUUUAAUGAUUUGUAAUUUGAGAUUCUAAUAUUUAGUUUCCGUUAUUGUUUCAUUCAUAGAUAUGUUUUGAAAUUACAGUCAUACACAGGUUAUUUUUGAAACAGUAGGUGAAUUAGAUUUUGGGAGAGUUUAUCUAUGGACCAGUAAUAUGCAGCUUUUCUCUCUCUCUCUAGCUGCUCCUGAUCAGUACCACAGUUUGUGUGGGCUUAUGUUCGCAAUAUGCACAUUUAAAUGAGUUUAUGAUUCAUUACAGCCUUUGAAUUAUGUGGUCAUUCCUUGCAGGUUGUUACACCAUGAGUAUUGGAUAUGGUUUAGUUAGUUACUCCACUUCAAGUUGUUCUUCCAUGAUCUGUGUUGUUUCAUUUUCUUAUUGUGACAUUGGUGUGAAAAUGGCAUGAAAGUGUUCACUUGUUUUAACCAGUCAAUAAAAACAAUCCACAUCUUA